UAAAGGCAUAUCAUAUUCAUCCGCCAAGUGGUCGCGCACCGUGGAAGAAGACAAGGACGCCAGCGCCAGCUGACCGACGUUCCAAAGGUGCAAUCUACGUCGAAUUCUCCGAAAAGUUGGACAUCGUGAACUAUGGCGGCUCUCCGAAGGCCGAGAGCAGCACCGCAAGAUACCGAGCCAGCGUCAAUGCCGGGACCAGCAGCAACGUCCCCUGUUGCGCCAUCCCCGAAGCCAGAAGUAGUGCCGCAGAUAACAGAAGCACCGUCUGCACGAGCUGUGCCCACAAAACCGAUGCCGUCGAAAUCACCGCGCGAUUCACCAGCACCGGAGUCUGCCGUUCAAGUGUCGAUGCCUAACUCAACACACGCGACGUCCAUGAAAUCAAAGUCGGCAACAUUACUUCAAGCUGCUCAGAAACCCCACGAUGUGGGGCACACUAUGGGGAAAAGCCGAUCGCUCGGACCGUCAACUAGAUCACUAACGCGAAGUCGAGCACACAUCGGGAAGGCAUCGUUAACGACCAGGUCCCACCCUGGCAGCGGCAGCGGCAUGCCAGCACUUCCAUUUUCUGGCCUAAUUCCUAAUCAUCUAUGGAGCCGGGUGAUGAACCAGAUGACUUCACGAGGUUCACGAGCGAAGUCAGUGGCCACCAGUACAACAGCGCUGCCUUUGGUCGCUGGCCCAACGGCAGGUCUUUCGGCCAGCGGCGUAACUGUGGGCCAUCUGGAAGGCGGCCAAACUGCGGGGCCUCUGGCCGCCGCGACAUGGGAUAUGACCUCUGGUGAAACUGCAAGAUCUCUGGCCGUCGAGACCGUUGCGGCACCUCCGUCACCUCCGCCCACGAUAGGAACGCGGGAGCAGGCGGAGCAGGUGCUCCAAGCGAUACAGGCUGUGCGUAUCGCGAAGGAUCGGCAGAAACGGAAGAGGAAGAAGCAGAGACGCGAGUACGACCGGCAAUCGACGGGAGACGUCUCGUCAGAGCCCACCAAUGCCUCUGGAGACAAGCUGGAAGUACAAUUCGUGAGCAUAGAGCAUCAACUCCCAGACACGAGUGAUAAAUGUGCGGUCACCUGUCUGAGCCUCAUCCUCCUGCUAAUCUCCGUUGCUCUCCUGGUUAUCUUGGCAUUUCUCUUCGCGGAAGGCAUGACGCAGAAACACUUCUUGGCCCUGGGACCGAAGCUCAGCCGUCCUGGCGAUUCACGGUUCAUCGAGCCUACAAGAAAACCAAGCACUACGAAUGAACCAUUUCUGCUAUGUAUAUGUUUCUGCUUCGUUGCCUGUUUCAUUACGGAAUCAACCACAUAUUAUCGACACAUGAAAAGAAAACCGGUGUUCUUGACUUGAUCCUGGUGACCAGCUCCUACGGACGAAAAAUAAUACAACACCGCUCUGUGUAAUGUAAUGGUGUCUAAUGAUAGACUGAUCAGAAAUUAUUCCUUGCGUAAGUAGGUAGUCUUGAAGAAAGGGGCAGUGAAAAAUAUCACGUCUUAGCAAAUGUAUUUUUUUGCAAGGUGGCAUUGCAUAUAUAAUUCAUCUCGCUACCUCACAAAGUUAAAGCGCCUACCUUUAGGAUUUUACACAAAGCUUUUGAGCAAGGCCCUGUCUGCCAAACCGAUCCCAAGCUACAACAAAAAAAAAGAAUCGCCCUUAAAGCGUAGCCUGUAGCGUGUCUUAAGGUGCGCGAACUUGUUCUGUUAAUAAUAACAUGGCACCUAAUCACACUUCUAUCGAUGCAAGGUAUUAUAUUCGCAUCCCUGAUUCCAUAAAGCGGCAUGCUGGGGUGUACAAUAAGCUGCUUACUGUUGCAUUGGGGGAUUAGUGAUGCUUGCAGUUGAAUGAAAGGUGCACAUCAAAUGUCAUGGUCUUGUGUGGCAGUGGCUUGCACUCCUAGAUCUUCAUCUAGUAUGCAUACACGAAUACACAAAAAUUUUGAUGCAAGGGUGGCUCUCGCUAUUGCACCAUGUUAUAGCAUCGCGUGCUUGAUGCAGAAGAUGCGGCAUAUAGGCUACCACUGGCGGGAAGCGUCAUUUUCCUGCAGUUUCAUAUUCCUUACAAUAUUUAACGUUGAUUUCACGUUUGCCAGAGUAGUUGCUUUUUCUUGUCACAAAACUCCCACUUUAGCUUAAAUAGAGCCAGCGCUGGCCACUGUAGCAUUUGUUGUGAUGGCCGGCGAAAGUGUAUACUGACAGAAUAUCGGUUACAGUUCAGUUCAUGCCCCGUGUAUGUCUGUUUGUAUGUGGUCAGUGGUUAUCAGCUUGUGGUUGUUAAAGCAUCAACAAAGAUUGUCCUUCAUGGCACCACGCAGGGGCCGUCGACAAGUGCCAUUGUGAAAGAUGACGUCAUCAUAAAAAGGCAUCGACAUCUAUAGGGCUGCUGGUUGGGAUGAAAGUAGGCAGUUGAAAGUGCACGGAUGAAAGUAGGUAGUCGCGAUGACGCCCCACUUGUUCACGAUCUUGAGGUGGGAAUACAAGAAAGGAGGUCGUGUUGAAUGCGAAAUAAUGGAUGGUGGAAUGUUACUUGGAUGAAAGAGAUGAUUCAGAAACAUUGCUGGCCGUUUUCUUUCAUGUCAUGGAUCCCAGCUACCGAUGUACCAUUCGGUGAAGUGAUAGAGGUCAGGCCAGACAGAGCAACGCCUGACUUCAUCAUAAGUGCAGUUGACACUUAGAUUUCCGGCUGUUGCCUCAUCAUACAGAGGGCAGGUCAUCGCAAAUAUCUCCACACAACGAGAACGCGUUUAGAGCAGUCGUGUGUGCAGCCAUCGUGAUGGCAACUCACGUAGAGACAGGGUUUGGAUGUUGGAGAGCUCAAGCGCUGAAUGUUGGGACGUGAAACCAAUUCGCGGGAUGGGAGCUGACAAACAUAGAAGACGCAGACGUGAGUGGGUGGGUCGAUGACGUCGCGGAGUUGCCCGGGAUGCCGAAGCAGGUAAUCGGCGUCCCUAUGAAACUUAGUGGACAUGUACACGACCGAAAACGAGUAUUCCUGUAGGCUGAGAGCUCCAUGACGAAGGCGGCCUGUGGGAUCUUUGAGCGGAGAAAGCCAGCGUGUGGCGCGAAUGUCAUUUAUGACGGUAAAUGUGUGGCCUGACAGAUUGAGAUGAAAUUUAUCGACAGCCUAGUCAAUAGCAGGGUACUCGUCUUUAGGGAUCCCUCCUCCGGUGCGGAUCGAAGGAAGCUAUCGCAGGCAAAAAAAGAAGUCAAGAUUUGCCGCAUUCUUUAAAA